AUGUCAGGCCGAGGAAAGGCUGCUGGAAAGAAGGCAGUGAGCAGAUCAGCAAAGGCAGGACUUCAAUUUCCUGUGGGUCGUAUAGCCCGUUUCCUCAAGGCUGGAAAGUAUGCCACUCGGGUUGGUGCCGGUGCUCCAGUGUACCUUGCUGCAGUCCUCGAAUACCUAGCUGCUGAGGUUUUGGAGCUUGCCGGGAACGCCGCCAGGGAUAACAAGAAGACUCGCAUUGUCCCGAGACACAUUCAGCUGGCCGUGAGAAACGACGAGGAGCUCAGCAAGCUAUUAGGAAUGGUUACCAUUGCUGCUGGUGGUGUUUUACCAAACAUCCACUCCGUCCUGCUUCCGAAGAAGUCGGCGGCUGACAAGGGCGAGACCCCAGAACACCGCGUGAAGCUGGGCGAGUUCGUGCGAGAUGACAAGUCUCUCCUAGAAGACGGUGGGAACCUGCACGCCAUAUGGAACGAAGCCGUCGAAACGCUCGCCGUGCUGACGGCGGGCAGCGUGCUACACUUCUACGAUGUGCGCACCACGCCCAAGCCGCUGCGCCUCGUGUCGCCAGACUCGCCGCCCUCUCUGCUCGCCCUCAAGUUCCGCUCCUCCACGCGCGUGCCUCUCUUCGGGGACAACGUCUCCAUGUACGCACCCCCUCCCCUCCUCACCCUCUUCCACACUGCCUUCCGCUCCUCCACUCGCAUGCCUCUCUUUGGGGACAACGUCUCCAUGUACGCACCCCCCCCUCUUCCCCCCCUUCCUCACCACCCCCCACCCCACCCUCCCCUCUCUCCCAACCCCCUCCCUCUCCCUCCCUCCCCUUCCACACUACUGUUUCAGAGCUGUCUCCUCAUCCCGUUCCCCCCUUCUUCCUCCCGCUUCCGCUCUCCCCCCCUUCCGGGCAGCAAUGGCGUUGUGGCGGACGAGGACCAUAUCCUGCUGCGGCGGCCGGCCGGCCGCUCCCUCAUGCCGUUUCCCCCUCCCUCCCCCGUGCACCCCCUCUCCCCACUCUUUGCUCUCCUUUCUCCCCCUCCCUCCCCCCCCCUUACCCUUCCGGGCAGCAACGGCAUGGUGGCAGACGAGGAUCACAUUCUGCUGGGGCUGUCCACUGGCCGCCUGCACCUCGUGUCCUGGCGCGGCCAGGUGAGUGCGCACACGCACGCGUGUGCAGCUGCGGGGCACGGCGGACCUGUGGCGCAAGCACAGCAGGGAGGUGGUGGGGUGGGGCCCAUGUAUGUUCCCGAAGCCAACGGCCUACCCAGUACGCCCCACUCCCUUUCUCCACUCAUCGUUUCUCCCCCUUCCCCCCCCAUCUCCCCCCCAGCUGCGGGGCACGGCGGACCUAUGGCGCAAGCACAGCAGAGAGGUGAUGGGACCCAUGUACGUGCCAGAAGCCAACGGCCUGCCCAGCACGCGCCGCUCCCUUCAUCCACUCCCCUCAUUCCCCUCGUUCUCGUUCUUUCACUCCCCCCCUCUCCCCAGCUGCGGGGCACGGCGGACCUAUGGCGCAAGCACAGCAGGGAGGUGGUCGGCCCCAUGUACGUCCCAGAAGCCAACGGUCUUCCCAGCACGCCCCACUCGCCGCGCUCCUCCCCACUCGCCCCCUCCUCCUCCUACCCCUACCCCGCCUCCCCGCCCGCCCCCUCCGCCGCCCCUCCCUCCACCCCCAACGGCCGCUCCAGCGGAGGAGCAGACACAGGGGGCGCAGGAGCAGGGGGAGCGGGAGCAGGAGGAGCAGGGGGAGGGGUGUCACAGAUGGUAUAUUCCCCGGCGCUGCGGCUGAUAGCGGUGGUGCUGGUGGAUGGGCGAGUGGUGCUGUGCUCCACGGGCGAGAGGGGGCUGAGGCCCGUGGAGGAGGUGACGCCAGAGAAGUGGGUGGGCGUGGUGGACGCGGCUACUGUGGCUGUGGGCGAGAGGCAGCAGCUGCUGGCUGUGGGCAGCAGAAGGGGGACGGUUGAACUGUUUGAUUUGGCCAGGAGCUCUGCACACCUCAGGACUGUACUCACUGGGGGACACGGGGGCAGUGGCGUGCAUAUGCUGGUCGCCAGACAACCUGGCAUUUGCAGUGGGGUGGAAGCUGCGUGGUCUAGCCGUGUGGUGUCACUCUGUGUCUUGCAGCCUCCCUUGUCACCCAUUCUUCAUCCCCUUCUCUGGUAUUCACUGGAGGACACGGGGGCAGUGGCGUGCAUAUGCUGGUCGCCAGACAACCUGGCAUUCGCAGUGGGGUGGAAGCUGCGAGGCCUAGCCGUGUGGUCCGUGUCAGGCUGUCGCCUCAUGUGCACCAUCCGCCAGGGCUCCAUGAGCCUCCUUCCCCCCUCCUCCUCCUCCUCUUCCACCACCACCGCUGGUAUCACCAGUCCCCGGAGCUCCGCCGCAGGCUCGGACCCAGCCUCCACGCCAGGCUCGGCAGCAGCCGGGUCCGCUACAGCCGCUGUGGUGAAGAGCAGUGAGCCGAUGGUGGGGGGCGUGGCGGCUGUAGCGUGGGGGGAAGAGGGGUACCAGCUUGUAGCGGCGGAAGCAGGGAUGGUGGGGGAGGUGGCGGUGGGGGUGAGGGGGCGGCAGGCGGGGCGGCUGGUGCAGUUUGCGUUUGCGCGGCAGUGCUCGAGUAAGGCGGUGGCGGGGAGCUCUCAUGUGUGGCAGGCCAUGGCUGGUGCGGAUAGGGUGCUGUUGGUGCAGAGUAAUGAGGAGGAGGAGCUGAGGGUGCAGCACCUGGUCAUCCCGCAAACGUACAUGGGGGUGAACUGGCCAGUCCGGCACGUGGCAGCGAGUGAUGACGGGUCGUACCUGGCAGUGGCGGGGCGGCGGGGAGUCAUCCUGCACAACCUGCGCUCCAACAAGUGGCGCGUGUUUGGGGACGUGAUGCAGGAGAGGGCUGUCAAGUGCGAGGGGCUGCUGUGGGUCGGCAAGAUCAUCAUCGUGUGCAACCACCGGGUGGCGUCCCACUCAUACGAGCUCUGUCUCUACCCGCGUUUCCACCUGGACGAGUCAUCGCUGCUGUGCCGCCAACCGCUCCCAGCGCGGCCUAUAGCGCUGGACGCGUGGGGAGACUACAUUCUGGUGGCCACGCCCCCCUUUGACAUCAAAGUCUUUCACAUGCACGUGGAGGGAGACGUGUCACCGCUGCAUCUACCCACCGUGCAGCUGCGCACAGUGCGGGAGCUCUCCAUAAUGUCAGCGCGCAAGCCCCUCGUCUCCAUGCGCUUUGUGCCGCGCACAGGGGACGCAGACGCGCAGGCGGAGGGGGAAAGGCAGGCGGGGAGCGAGGGGAAUCGUGAGCGGGAAGGGGAGGGCCAAGUCGCCAUCACGAGCAGCAGCAGCGAGCAAAGACUGUCCAAGGAGGGGGCGCAGCAGGGGGCAGCGAGGAGAGGAGCAGGCACACAGGCAACCGGGAAAUCUGGAAAAGCCAGCAUACGAGACCCACUGGCAGAGGCGAUGAGGCGGCAGCCCACCAAGUGCAUGCUGCUGCGCACGGAUGGCGACCUGUCUCUGCUGGACCUGGAUAGUGGCAGUGAGAGGGCGCUGGUGGCAGGGGUUGAGAACUUCUGGCUUACCCAGGGGGGGGAUGAGGCUGCUGCUGCGUUGAUCGAGGAGGUGCCCUGGUGGGCGUAUGGUCACAGGGGAAUGCAGGUGUGGUACCCCUCGCUGUACCACGAUGCAUCGGGGCAGCCAGCAGAGGUACAGCAGUUAGACCCAGAGCUCGACUUCGACCGCGAGGUGUACCCGCUGGGGGUGUCGCCUGCCGCGGGGGUGAUCGUGGGAGUCAGUCAGCGCCUGUCGCUCUCCUCCUGUGCCGAGAUGCCCUGCUUUGAGCCCACGCCCCAGGCGCAACCGAUUCUCCCUUGCCUGCUGCGGCACCUGCUGCAGCGCAACAAGAUGGAGGAGGCGGUGCAGCUGGCGCACCUCUCUGCCACGCGGCCGCACUUCUCCCACUCCCUCGAGUGGCUCCUCUUCACCAUCUUUGACGCCGAGACGUCCAGUGCGAGUGCGAGGCGGCGGCGCAAGGAGGUGAAGAAGGGCCCGAGUCUGCUGGACCGGGCGUGUGAGCUGAUCCGGCACUUUGGGGAGUACCGAGAUGUGGUGGUCAGCGUGGCGCGCAAGACCGACAGCCGCCACUGGCCCGACCUGUUUGCCUCUGCUGGCAACUCCAACACGCUCUUUGAGGAGUGCUUUGAGAACAAGCAAUAUCGCACCGCCACGUGCUACAUCCUGGUGGUGGAGAAGCUAGAAGGCCCAACCAUCGGUCAGCAAAGCGCCCUGCGGCUCUUGCAGGUGGCAUUGCAAGAAUCGAUGUACGACUUGGCAGGCGAGCUGGUGCGCUUCCUGCUGCGGUCAGGGCGCGAGUACAGCCAGGCGGUGGAGGAGGACGAGAGGGCGAGCGAGAGUCUACUCAAGAGCUUCUUCUCCUUCGGAUUCACCUCCACAGCCCCCAAGGCGAGGGGGGACGUGUUGCACACGACGGUGAAGCACAUACUGGGGGAGAAAGCCACGGCCCUCAUGAGCAGCGAGGAGCUCCGGCAGCUCGUGGCGUUCGUGAAAGGCACCCAGUUCGACUUCACUGAAUUCCUGCGGUCGGAUCGAGGCAGGUCAAUUCGCCUCGAAGACUUUCCCACUGCCCUGCGCACCAUCCGCUACAAGAUCGCCCUGGAGGGCAAUCUACAGAGCAGGCUGGAUGCGGAGUUCCUUUUGGCUCACGUGCGCACCGUGGGCUUUCAUGAGUGGACCGUCGUGCUCGCCACGCUGCUGCAGCGAUCUGAGGUGCUGGCAGAGCUAUUCCAGAACGACAUGAAGCUGUGGACUGCCUAUGUGAGAGCUCUUAAGGUAUGUGCCACGGCUGGUGCAUUUUCAAGGUGA